GGUUGGCCCUUUGGUUAUUUCCUGACACUGACAGCAUGCUCCCUGUGGGCAGGUACAAAGCUCCUGCUGGAGGCCUGUGUCCAAGCUAGUGUGCCAAUCUUCAUCCAUACCAGCUCCAUAGAGGUAGCUGGGCCCAACUCCUACAAGGAAAUCAUCCAGAAUGGCCACGAAGAACAGCACCACGAAAAUACAUGGAAUUCUCCAUACCCAUACAGCAAGAAGCUUGCUGAGAAGGCUGUGCUGGCAGCUAAUGGGUGGACUCUUAAAAAUGGUGGCACUUUGUACACUUGUGCCUUAAGGCCCAUGUAUAUCUAUGGGGAAGGAAGCCCAUUCCUUUUUGACAUUAUGAAUAAGGCUCUGAAGAACAACGGGAUCCUGGAAGACACUGGCAAGCUCUCCAUCGCCAAUCCAGUCUAUGUUGGCAAUGUAGCCUGGGCCCACAUACUAACCUUGAGGGCCCUGCGGGAUCCCAAGAAGGCCCCAAGCGUCCAAGGACAGUUCUACUACAUCUCAGAUGACACACCUCACCAAAGCUAUGAUAACUUGAAUUACACUCUGAGCAGAGAAUGGGGCCUUAGCCUUGAUUCCAGAAUGAGCCUCCCUUUAUCUCUGAAGUAUUGGAUUGCCUUCCUACUGGAAAUAGUGAGCUUCCUGCUGAGUCCAAUUUACAAAUAUCAACCCCCUUUCAACCGCCACUUAGUGACAUUGUCAAAUAGUGUGUUCACCUUCACCUACAAGAAAGCUCAGCGAGAUCUGGGAUACGAGCCCCUCUUCAGUUGGGAGGAAGCCAAGCAGAAAACCACGGAGUGGAUUGGUUCCCUGGUGGAGCAGCACAAGGAGACCCUGAAAACCAAGACUCAGUAACCCGAGGUGACAGGUAUGCGGAUAAGGGUCUUGUUAGGAGAUGUCUGUCAAGCUCUCCCCUUCUGGCUUCAUGCAGAAAGUGACAUGGGCACGAGCCCAGGUCCUACUGCCUCCCUUUUACACCAUGGCUAAGUUAUUGUCUUCCUCAUGUCACCCGAAACCUUCCCAGUCACUGGCCCAGCCAGAAGCUUUCUGCCCUAACCAUCAACCAGAGGACAGACACGUGGAAUUGCUUCAGCUGCCGUUACCAACAUCUCAGCUGCUGGUUCUGAACUAUUCAGGGCUUUUUUUUACUUAGAGUUUUGCCCAUUAGUACCAUUUCUUCUCUUAAAUGCUAAAGCAUUUCUUUUCUUUUAAAAAUUCUUAAUCCUUCAGACAGCUUAGUGAAAGAACAAUAAAUGUUUUGAUGCCUAAUCUAGA